AUGGCGUUAAUCACCCUGCGGAGAAACUUUUGUCAUAUGUCUGAUUUUUGGAUACCUGGAGCUGUGGCUGUUCUGAAAGCUCCCCCUGCCAACCACAUUCAAAAGGUCGUCAGAGAUCAUCUCCGUGUUUGGUUCUGUUCCCUGCAACCUGAGCUUCUGAGGGUCAGAUUCCAUCAUGCCUACUGUAAAAACUUCCACUCAGAAAACGGAAAUGAUCUCCAUCCAGUUGCUGAGCCAUGGCUCUCUCAAGUACAGGACUGGAACCAGCCAGAACAGAGUCUCAAAACCGAGGACGUGGAGAUGCCUUACAGGAGACUAAACAGCUUUACCUCCUCAGAGGAAGUGUUGGGCUUCAUAAAUACACUGGACACUCUGCCGGUCACUCUGGCAGCAGCAGCUUUACUCAGGAUCUGUGAGGUGGGGAAGAGAGAUGUUGAGCAAAGGCUGCCAAAAGGAAUCCUGGAGAACCGCGCCUUCCAAGCUCUGUGCCUUCGGUGUGAGCAGGAGCCCUCACAGAUGACCAGUGCUGCUCUGGUGACAGUUCUACAGUCUCUGUCUCUGUCACCUGUGGAUCCUGAGAGUAGCCUGAUGCUGAGUCUCGUGGCAGAGUGCCAGAGUCGCCUCCGAAGAGGUGGCCUGGAACCCCACCAUCUCUGCAUUCUUGGGGAAAGUCUGCUUAGACUUCGAGGUCCAACUUGUCAGAGUCUGGAACUGAUCAUCUGUCAACUACAGAGGGAAAAUUUGCAAACAUUUCUCCCGGAGGAUAUUGUGGCUAUUUAUAGAAUUCUGCAGGCGUGUCCUGAAAAAGUGGACAAACAUCAGACGUUUUUAAACACAGUGAACAACUUUUCCCUUUCAAUAGUUUCCUACCUGAGUCCUAAAUCCAUUAGCCACGUGCUCACUGCCUUAGUGGCUCUAGACCAGACUCAUGCACUUCCCCUGGUUAUUAAAUUGGGCAAGCACGUGGUGAGAUACAUUCCUCGAUUCACUAAUGAAGAGCUCAGGAAGGUCUUGGAGGCAUUUGUGUAUUUUGGACACAGUGACCGGUUUUUCAUGGAGGCUUUAGAGCAGCAUGUGGCUGCCCUAUGCUUCUCCUUGGACCCUGACGUUGCCAGUACCGUGAUGGAGUACUGCAGCAGAAAACGGAUUCUUUCUAAGCCCAUUCUUGACGCAGUUGCGGAGACUUUUGUGUGCCAGGCAGAAAAGUUUUCACCUAGUCAGAUUUCUGAAUUAAUUGAACCAUUUGGAAAACUCAAUUAUUUGCCAUCAAAUGCCCCUGCUCUGUUUAGGAAGGUAGAAAAUGUGCUGUUUGCUCAUUUACAUAAUUUUCCACCAAAAAUGCUACUGAGGCUUCUUCACUCGUGUUCGCUGAUUGAACGCCAUCCAGUCAAUUUCAUGUCAAAAAUAUUCAGCCCCUUUUUUCUUCAACGGUUGCAAGGGAAACAGUCAUAUUUGGACAGAGUGAGCCUGGCGCAGCUGACCCAGCUGUUUCUCACCUCAGUCCUGGAGUGUCCUUUCUAUAAGGGUCCCAAACUGCUUCCUAAAUACCAAGUGAAGUCAUUCCUCACUCCAUGCUGCUCCCUAGAGACCCCCAUGGACCUCCAUCUCUACAAGUCUGUGGUGAUCGGGCUGAUUGAUCUGCUGGGAUCAAGAUUGUAUUUUGCUUCCAAAGUCUUGACGCCCUACUGUUACACCAUAGAUGUUGAAAUUAAAUUAGAUGAAGAUGGAUUUGUGUUGCCGUUUACAGUGGAUGAGGAUAUCCAUAAAAGGGUGGCCCUGUGUAUCGAUGGGCCACAUCGAUUUUGCUCUGACAGUAAACACUUACUCGGAAAAGAGGCCAUUAAGCAAAGACACCUGCGGUUACUUGGUUACCAGGUUGUUCAGGUACCAUAUCAUGACCUGGAGCUGCUUACAUCACGGCUUGAAUUGGUGGAAUAUUUACAAAGAAAGCUAUUUUCUCAAAACUCCACUGUCCAUUGGUAACAAAGGAAACUGGCUUCAGCAUUGAGAGUGAAAAAGCUUUGAUUUGUAAGAGAAACAGUUUAAGCUAUGAAUUAGCCACUACACAGAAAUAUGUUUACUGACUUGGGAUCUGAAAAGGGUCUGUGGUUUUUCUUAUACCAUGUAUAUGUGCAUUGGUGAUAAAUUUAAAAUGAACUUAAUACUAGUGUCAUAGAUGCCUUCACCACAUCAGAGGAGAUCACUCAAACACAAUAAAGC